AUGCCAAAGGCUGAGUGGAACGUCGCCGUUGGAAAGUUGCCCCACCCUCCACAGUUCACCUCGAAGGAACAAGAGCGGGCAUGGUUGAAGUUCCGGCUUGCGCAAGCUUUCAGACUCUUCGGGAAAUUUGGCUAUGACGAGGGUGUCGCGGGGCACAUCACGGUCCGGGAUACCAUCCGGACCGACUGUUUCUGGGUGAACCCCUUCGGCAAGCACUUCUCGCUCAUUCAGCCCGAAGACCUCAUCCUCGUCGAUCACCAUGGCGUCGUACAGGCCGCCGAGUCUGGCCCGAACACGCUCCUGAACAAGGCAGCAUUCAUGAUCCACUCCGCGAUCCACACUGCGCGUCCGGACGUCCACUGUGCGGCGCAUUCGCACUCGGUGUACGGGCGUGCCUUCUCGACGUUGGGCAAGCCCCUGGAUAUGAUCACCCAGGAUUCGUGCGCGUUCUACGAGGACCAUGCUGUGUUCACCCAAUUUGGAGGCCCUGUCCUGGAUGAGGAGGAAGGCUACCAUAUCGUGAAAGCGCUAGGCAACAAGAAGGCUGUGAUAUUACAAAAUCAUGGCCUUCUCGUAGCUACCGACUCCAUAGAGGCGACGCUCCAUUACUUCGUCGCGCUCGAGAAAUGCUGCCAGGUACAGCUCUUGGCGGACGCCGCGGCCGCGGGUACUGGCGGUCAGACCAAAAAAAUUCCGGAGGCAGAGUCCAAGAUCACAUACAAGGCCGUCGGUACUCUUACUGGGGGAUGGUUCAAUGGCUUGCCGUACUUCCAGGUUCUGGAGGCGCAGGAGGGCGUUUCGUUUAAAUUGGGAGCCAAGCAGUGAGGAGCAGGGUUGUCUCCAUACGUCACGUCUUUGUCAGAAGGCAGCAGGAGCUAUCUUUGUACAAGGUUCUGUUCGAUUAGCACCUGUCGACCCGUCUGCGCUGAUCCAAUUUCAUACACAGUAAACUGAUGUUGACGAUGCAGUAUAUCAGUCGUUUGCCC